AGAGAUCCCUACGCCUGUGCCACCUUCUUCACUGACCAAAGUCAAAUCAAUAAAGAUAAAGCCGCGCGAGAAGAUCCAACAGAUCAACAAGAAUGGAGUGCGUGUUUGGACUAAUUGGCAACGGGUUUGCGAUUGUAGCGGCUGAUACAUCGGCCGUUCACAGCAUUCUCGUACACAAGUCCAACGAGGACAAGAUCAUGGUCCUUGACUCCUACAAGCUCAUAGCUGCGAGCGGCGAGCCCGGCGACAGAGUUCAAUUUACGGAAUACAUACAGAAGAACGUGGCUUUGUAUCAGUUUCGUAAUGGAAUUCCUUUGACCACUGCAGCUGCUGCUAACUUUACACGAGGGGAGCUCGCUGCUGCUUUGAGAAAGAACCCAUAUUCUGUGAACUUUCUUUUGGCUGGCUAUGACAAAGAGACUGGUCCUUCUCUCUAUUACAUUGACUAUAUUGCUACCCUUCACAAGGUUGAAAAGGGAGCUUUUGGGUAUGGAUCUUAUUUUUGCCUGUCCAUGAUGGACAGACACUUUCACAGUGGCAUGUCAGUGGAAGAAGCAAUUGAUUUGGUUGAUAAGUGCAUAAUGGAGAUCCGAUCCAGGUUGGUUGUGGCACCACCAAACUUUGUGAUCAAGAUUGUUGACAAGGAUGGAGCAAGGGAGUAUGCUUGGCGUGAAUCUGUGAGGGAAGCUCUAGCGGCCUAGAAAAAUUCCGCUUUGGACUAGCAUUUCUUGUUUAUGAGUUGCCAACAGCGACUGCUUCAUUGGAAUGUUCAGAACUAGUUAGUCACUUGUUUUUUCCUUCAAUUUAUAUGUUACUUUUUCGACAAAAAAAGGGGAAAAUUUAUAUGUUACUUUGCUUAUCUUCUUGUGACGUUGUAAUUUGGAAUGUUUGCAUAAUUCAUGAUCAUCCUACACCCUGAAGCAGGAAGUGAAUUAAAUUUAAGAAUUACUUCGUUUCAUGCA